CAGAGAUUGAACCAUCAUAUCCUCUCAUCCCGACUACAACCACGGCUGCUCCAUACUCUAUGACUGUUUCUUAUCUCGUAUGAUGUGAUUCGCCAGCCUCGCACCCAAUGGAUAUACUACGACGCGGCAGAAAUGCCGAUGUACCGGACAGAGCUUAUCAGCGGGCCUACAAGGCCUGUAUUCCUUGUCGGCAACGCAAGGCCAAAUGUGAACUGGGAACGGGGUUGAAUGGGUCUCCGCUGGGACCUCCAUGUGCGCGAUGCAGACGGGAGAAAAAGUCGUGUGUGUUUAGUGAGAAGAAGGCGUGGGAGAGGACGAAGAAGAGGGCUGCACCGUCGAACAAUAACAAUGGGGAACAUUCGUCGAGGACAAGUCGAAGGACAUCCAACCCCGCUCGCCGUCAGGUCGAAACACCCGCUGCACUGGAUGAAGCGGAUAGUCCAAGCGCUUCGCCUCAAUCGUACCGCUAUGAGAACUCCCAUCAGGAACCAGAUUCCACUCUGUCAAGCUCGAUGAUGCGUACGAUGGUCUCGAGUGGAAAUGAUGCGUUGAACAUUCUGUUCGAGGCUGCCGCGGCACGUAGCCGGGGAAACGACUCCAACGGUUCAAAUGCGCACAUAGAAAAUGAACCAACGCACCCCGGUCUCGAUAGCGAUGGAUACCGUCGAGGGAGCCGGACAAACUCGCGCGGAAACCGAUUAGUCCCGUCUGGAUUUCCCGCAACAAAGGUGCGGCCGGUGAAGAUUUCCCAGGCAAGCCUUGAUGUGCUUAACGUAUGGGAAGCAUGUCGCUUCGUCAAGAUGGGAUUGCUCACUGCUCCAGAAGCAGUAACCUUUAUUGACCUGUUUGUCCCCAUAUUCAAAAGAAAAGAAAAGACUAAUGCUUACUAGAAGAAGCGGAUGUAACUGACGGGAAUGGCUAUUCGCUGUAGUUUCUUCAAAAAUAUGUCACCGCUGUCGCCUAUUCUGACAGACUUCUACGCCGACCAUAGGAACCAUCAUUGGCUGAUAUCUCGGGACCCCGUUCUCUGUUCCACGAUCUUAAUGAUAUCCUCGCGAUACCAUGUCCUUCCAGGCGAAGGUGGCGAGUCGAGGAAUUUCUUCGUCCACCAUCGACUCUGGCAGUAUUGCCAGCAGCUCGUUGUGCGGCUUAUCUUUGGACAGGAGAGAUCGUCCAAAUCGAAAAUCCGGACAAUCGGCACUAUUGAGGCUCUGUUGCUGAUAUCCGAAUGGCAUCCUCGUUCGCUUCACUUCCCCCCGGAGAUAGAUGGCUGGGACUGGGAUUUGACCACGACAGCCGCGGAGUCCGGGAUCGGAGCGGAUUCCACAGACUCUUCUACAGCGACAGAGAAUAGAUGGUUAGAGGAUAUGAUCGAGCCUGCAAGGAGAUCAGAUCAGAUGUCCUGGAUGUUACUUGGCUCUGCGCUAUCCCUUGGACAUGAGAUCGGAGUGUUUGAAACGGAGAGUAGCGAUAGGGCUUGUUCUGCUGGCUAUCAGGGUUUUAUGUCGACUGACCAGAUAGAGCGUCGUAGGCAGCGCAUACAGAAACUGCUCUACAUCUAUAUCAACCAGCUGGCCUGGCGGAUAGGUCGUAUGUCCCUCAUGCCGCAGACUCUGAACCAUGCUAUCAUCAGUGGGAGGACCGUUAAGGAGCCCGUCCAUUCUGGCGAUGAAUGGCUGACCUUUAUGGAUUCCUGGAUGGAUUUGACCAAGCUGGCCAAGUCUAUCACUGACAUGUUCUUUCCUUCCGUCUCUUUUGCGAGACAACAACUGCAUGGCGACCGCUAUGUAGGGUUGCUAGAUCACUUCCGUCCGCUGCUCAGUCAAUGGAAGGAGAAGCAUCUUCAGCCAUAUUUGCCGAACGAAACAUUGUUCGAUGUCCUUUACAUCGAGUACCAUUUUGUCCGCGUCUACACACAUUCUGUUGGAAUGCAAGCAGUAGUCGAGCGCAUCCUUGCAGAAGCCGACCCCGACAAUAACAACGUGGAACAACUACGCCACACGACCAUGAACCCGAUAGACUACGAGUUCAUCCAGGAAGUCAUCGACGGAUGCUGUCAAAUUCUGCAAAAGAUCUCUCAACUGGCGGACAGGGGUGCCCUCCGAUUUUCGCCCGUCCGCAUAUUUCUCCGGAUCAUCAGCUCCUCCAUCUUCUUGAUGAAGGCUCUCAGCCUGGGAACCCGCCAAUCGAAGCUUGGAAAAUCACUUGACAUCCUCGAAAAAAGCAUCCAAUCUCUGAGAUCGAACGCUCUAGACGAUAUUCAUCUGGGUUCUCGCUACGCUACGCUGCUGGACAUGCAUGUCUCGCGCCUGCGACAGAAGCUACUGGCAUCCUCGGCUUCCUUGAGGAGUAGCCAUGGAUUAAUGGGACGGUCCGCAACGGCGUGUCCUUCACAAUCUGUAGAUGUCAAUGAGACGAGCGCAAUGGAGGGUGCUAUCGCCUCGCAAGAUCAUGAUGCUAUGUCUGAUGUAGGAUUCAUGUCCUUCGUAGACGAUAUGGCUGCUGAUGACUGGCUUUCUUUGCCUUUUGACCCGUCCAUGGCGCCAUUCGGGAUCAGCAACGCAGGCCAAUUUCCGGCUUAUGAAGGGGGGGCGAUGAAUUUCAUUUGGAAUUUGCCUCUUUGAUUGAUAUUCUGUUGUAGGAGAGUAUACGAGUAUACUCCGGAGUAAGAGUAAAAUUGCCACUAGAUGUUGGAUCACGUGGGAUUCUGCCGCAUAGGUCCGCC